GGGCGUUUUCACAAGUGCGCCUGGCGGAAGUGAAGGAGGACCCUUCCAGAGUCGUCGCCAUCAAGAUCAUCGACAAGAAAGCCUUGAAGGGGAAGGAGGACUCCCUCGAGAACGAAAUCAGAGUCCUUAGAAGACUGCAGCACCCCAACAUUGUGCAGCUGAUGGAAACAUACGAGGACAGGGAACACGUGUACCUCAUCAUAGAGUUGCUAACGCAUCCCAACAUAGUUCAGCUCUUAGAAACGUUUGAAGAUAAACACAAAGUCUAUUUGGUAAUGGAAUUAGUAACAGGAGGUGAACUUUUCGAUCGUAUUGUAGAAAAAGGCUCUUACACAGAGAAAGAUGCAUCAGAUCUUAUAAGACAAGUUUUGGAAGCUGUUGACUACAUGCAUGACCAGGGAGUUGUUCAUAGGGAUCUCAAGCCAGAGAACUUACUCUACUACAGUCCUGAUGAAGACAGCAAGAUUAUGAUUAGUGAUUUUGGUCUCAGCAAAAUGGAAGAUUCAGGGAUCAUGGCUACUGCGUGUGGUACUCCAGGUUAUGUUGCGCCAGAAGUCCUAGCACAAAAACCGUAUGGUAAAGCAGUAGAUGUAUGGAGUAUAGGUGUUAUUGCAUAUAUUCUACUGUGUGGGUAUCCUCCUUUUUAUGAUGAAAAUGAUGCCAACCUUUUUGCACAGAUCCUUAAAGGUGAAUUUGAAUUUGAUUCUCCAUACUGGGAUGAAAUCAGUGAAUCAGCAAAGGACUUCAUAAGGCAACUCAUGUGUGUUGAUGUAGAAAAGAGAUAUACAUGUAAGCAAGCACUUGGUCAUCCAUGGAUUUCUGGUAAUGCUGCCAGUGACAGAAAUAUACAUAGCUCAGUAUCAGAACAGCUCAAGAAAAAUUUUGCAAAAAGCCGUUGGAGGCAACUUAUGCAUGCAAUCGUGAUGGUUCACAAGAUGCAGCGACUGGCCCUAUCCUCCACGAGCAUGGAGGUGGACUCUCCCCCCGCCUGUCCCCCGAUUACGGAGGAGGCAGAGGCGAGGGAGGAUGAGGAGGAGGAGGAGGAGGUGAAACCAGCAAGCAUACCAUGCAACAGCCGUAAUCCGCCAAAUGAGACUCUUGGCACUAAGCAGUCAUCGUGAGAAGAAACUUAGUGAAUCCAGUGACACAAAUGCCAACACCACUCCUGCACCACCAGCCACAACUACCACCAUCACCAAAGCACCAACAGAAAAUGCCCACUAGUUUUGUUUUUAUCUUUCUUUCUACUUAAAUGUGGUAUGGUUAGGCUGUCCUUAGUUUGUAACUGAAUUUUUGAAGGUAUGGUUAUAAAGGGUUUCGUUAGAUAUGCCAUUUGUAUAAAUGUGCUUACAGUAUAUACAUACAUAAUACAAAUACUACAUUUAGACUGCAGAUUUCUUGAUACAUUUAGAGUUAAUUAUGACUCUAUUAAUGUUACCUAAGCCUGUGGCUUAGUUCUGCUAUUCUUUUACUCUGAGUACUACAUUCCUUUUCCUUGAGCCUGUGCAUCAAGUUUCCAAAAUCCAUUUCAGUUAACUACUUUUAAAGAAAAGUAACAUAAAAGAUUGACAGAUACAUUGCAAGUAAUUUUUAAGUUUUAAAGUAUUGACAACAGUACAAAAAUGCUGCAUAAACAUAAUAGUAAUAUACAGUAAUUACCAGACAAAUUGAAAUUUUAUAGCGACACUUUAGUGCAUAAAGCCACAAGUAAUUACAGUAGCAGUUAUUGUGAUGUGAACAUUCCAUAACUUAAUUUCACUAGGGAACUUUCAUUAUUGCCUUUAGUGCCUGUGCCAAGAGAAUUAGUAAAUGCUUAGCAUUUUGCAGAGGAUCAGCAUUCAUAUUUUGUUUAUAGUACCACACUGACCAUUUCUUCUUGACAGUUGUAGGAAUGCUGAUGCUUGUCAGUUGAAUAGUGGUUUAUGACAUUCCUCAACAGCUGUUUGUUUAUGCAUGUUAUUUUUUUUUUAUUUGUUUCUCCAACUGCUUGGUAUAAUUUGUUGUUGUCAUUUAGGUAUGAGUAUUAAUACAGUACCAAUAAAAUAUUUGGUAUAUGGUAGGCAGCAAUAUCCUCAUGCUUUUUUCAUUGCCACUGAGAAUGAAUUAAAUCAAGCUGAAUGAAGAGAGUUGAGGCAAGUAAACUAGGUCAUCCCUAUUCCUUGUUAGCAAUACACAAUAAAAGAAGUGCACUCAAUUUUAGAAACAGUCAACAUGAAGUUAACCCACUUGAAUCAGCAUGCCUAUUGACAUGUUUUAUUGAGCCUAUUACUUUUAUAAUGCAAUCACUGAAUUAGUAAUUAUGUUCCAGAAUAGAGCAAAGGCAUCAUUGACCUGCCAUGUUAUGUAUGUUGUAUUCACAGAUCAUGACUGACACAAUAAUGAGAUGAUACAACAUUUUAGUGCAUUUCUUUUCUUGCAAAUUGUUGGCAAGACGUAGACUAGCUUUUAUUUGAUUCUUCUUGUGUGACAAUGAAGUUUAAAGGUCGUGAGUGUCUUUUGUUCCAUCACAUAUGAAAUUGAUUACAUAUAUUGGUUUCUUUAUUGAUUCAGUUUUCUGAGAAUCUAGGCAUAUUUACUCAAAAACUGUGGAGAUCUUGGAGUUCAGCUUCGUACAGUUACUGAUGAUGAAAUUCACUUCAAAAGCAUGUUUAAUUCAUUUGAUUCCAGUGCAAAAGGAUGUCAUCAUGAUAAUGAAAACCUAUAAUUUGAUAACCUUCUUCAUUAUAGUACAUGGUUGGCUAUUAUCUUUCAAAUGUGAAUUCAUGCAAGCACUGUCUUUGAUUUCACAUAUGGUAGGGUUUAUAGAUAGAUAAUUUUAGCCUAUCUAUUCCUCUUCCAUUAGCAUUGUGUUGUGACAUAGUCAUAUGAUAUGGUGCAUAAUUUAAUAUUUAAAAAAAAUAAGUUAGACAUUGCAAACUAUUUUGUCUCCAGUCAAGCCACAAAACCUUCUCCAAGAUUAUUAUGUUUCACUAAAAAGUUAUGACACAGGCUUUUUUCUAUUUUAUCUUUCUUAGAUAUCUCUUGAUGGUAUAUUUUGUGUCAAUGAAGCAUAAAGUGUUCUACCUGGUGUACAAUAGGCAUAUAAAGUAUCAGCACCUUUCCCAUAAAUUUUUGGACACUUAGUAAAAAAAGAAAAAAAACAGCAACGGACACUUAGUAAAAAAAAAAAAAAAAACAGCAACUUUGCUGUGACAGCGAUAUCAGCACCAAUGACACAUCUCUCCUUUCAGUCAACCAUUUGCUGAGUAAGUGUGUGUUUUCAUUUCAUAAGGCAAUUGGUAGCAUAGGACUGCUCUUUCCAUUAUGCCUUCGUCCUUGUUAAUAAUUAUUAUUAUCAUUGUUUGUUGCUGUUACUGGUAACUGUCAUUGAUAUUUAUUACAGUGGCAGUUUCAGUAAAUGGUAGCUGCCCAUAUUGUCUAUCUUGUUUUUCUGAAGGUUGACCUGAUUUGAUGGUAACUGCUGAACAGGAAUGAUUCUAUAAAAGGAGUACUAAAACUAAUGCUUUUCUCUUUAUUUUAAGAAACUCAGAAAGACCAAACAGAUGCUAAACCUUAUAAAAUUAUUUAAAGUAGCAUAAACAUUUUGCAUUUUGUUUAUACAGAACAGAAACUUGAGCCAAUAAUGAAACAAAUUUUCAGUUUCACUCUAAAAAUGGUUUCUUUCAUCCAAAAAUACUGAGAAAAUUAUUUUCACGCGUAAGACCUCUAACCAAAGAAGAGAAAUGGAAUAAUUUAAUAGAAUCAAGUACGAAAUAAAUUGCUAUAUGUCACAAGGUGGUAUGAUGAAUGAGACUCAACUUGUCCAUUUUGUGGUUUACUAUAAUGGUGCAAAAUGAUUUUUUGUAUAACCACCACUAUUAUCAGUCAUAUUAUUACCAUACAUCUCAUUGAGAUCGGCUUGACCAACAUUUCACAAAGGCUUAAGAAACUGAUUUACUCUUUAAGAGUGCCUACACUUUCCUAGCCUAACUUAAAUUUUCUAUAAACAGAUACCUAAGUUUUGCUAAAUUCAUGGAUGCAGUCCAGCCCAGGGUAGCUAAUGAUCAUACCCAGGGACACAAAAACAAUUAGGCAUCACAAAGGUGUUAUGAAAUAGACUAUAGAAUGAACAAGCAUUUACAUGAACAUCUUUCAUGAUAAUGAUAAUAGGAGGGCAUAUCAGCUCAUCAAGUGUAAGCACAAUGGUCCCAUUAUUUUUUGGAGUCCCUAAAUUAGCUUUUGAAUUUUAUUGUAACUAUAUAUUCUCUAUUUUACAUCUUUUAUUUAUUGCAUCAUAUUAGAUUUUUAUUGUAUUUUAAGAUUUUAUAUUUAUAUUUUAUUAAAGUAAUAUAAAGCAAAUGUUAAAACUUGAGAGAGAAAUACGUACUAUAUUUAUGUAACUAGAGUUUGUAAAGUUUUAUUAGUUUCAGCUCCAACAAACUUUUUUUUUACUUACGGUAUUAUUAUAGCGUACUGUAUUUUACUGUUUAGUGUUCAUUUAAUAUAAUGAGUUAUGUAGUUCUAUUUGAAGAAUUUUCAUAAUGCGUACACUAUGUAUACACAACACAUGUCAAGACACUGCAAUAAUUACUUUUACAAUCGUUAUCAAAUGUAUAAUGAAAAUUUAUAUCUAUAAUGAUAAUAAUAAUAAUUAACUCAUUUCAUAACAGUAACCAAAUAAAACACGUUGGCAAAGUCAUAAAUCAUCACAUGUUUUCAGUCUAGCCUGAAGAUGCAUAACAUAAGUGUAUUAUGAAAUAAAGUAGUAACUAUCAUUUUGUCAAAUGCAAUAGUUGCAAAAAAAAAAUUACCAUAUAUUACAAAAGUCAUAAAUGCGCUAGAAUUGAAUUAAACAAUGUUGACAUUCAUGGCACUUUGUAAAAUAGAUUGUAUUGCUGAAUCAGCUGAUCAGAAGUAAAGAAAAAAAUUCCCAGUAUCAUUUAAUAAGUUUUUAUUUUUGCUUUUAGUAUUUUAUUUUAUCUGCAGUAUAUUUGAUUAUAAAAAAUAAAUUGAU